UUCGCUAUUCCUCCCGUUGUCUGUUUGUUUGGAGACCGACAUGUGGUUGCUUUUUUAUUCAUUCCCAAGGGGAAGGGAAGAGGAAUCUCAGCUCGGGUUUCUCCUUCUUGCAAUUUACCAUUGACCCGGCUCUCCAAUAGGACGCACAGCUCUCGGUUUGAGCUGUCCUGGGCAUCAAUCCAUGGAUGACCUUUUCCUUCCUAGCCCCGAUUAGGCUAUGGGCCUGAGGAUAGAAGACAUCUGUGCAACGUUGUGUUAACUCUAUCUUAAGAGUUACGGGUAAAGUAAUAUCCCAACAUACAGGGUAAGGUGUUAUCUUUUCAUCCUUUUUCCCUCAGAGGGUGGGGGCGGUCUUCCUUAGCUGAAAGAUGUGAUGAGAGAGAGAUUCAGUUAAACUUGAGCCUUUCCCCCCUUCCUCUCAUGCAUCUCCUGAUCAGCUAUAUCACCCACCCUCAUCUUGCUCGAGGAGUACACUAUUCAAACGGUGACACGUCAGUCCAAUGAGAUCGCAUGUGAGGACUUCCUACCAGUCUUCCCGUCCGCCGAAAAGCCCGUCCAGCCACGACUUAUGCAGUGACACGAACCUUAAAAAGGCACAAGAUGUUUGGAUAGCUCCGAUACGUUUCCCAGCAGCCAAAGAAAAACAUGACCUAGAUGUGUUUGUUUGUUUGUGUGUGUACUCCGUAAAGCCUGUUCAGUUAUCGUGGCCUCUUGGUCCUGGAUACGGAGUACUUAAGCAUACAUCACAGGCCGUAGAGGGGAAAUAUCAGCACUCCGUAGCUCUUGCGGAUGUGCCUGGUGAACCAGCCCAUCAUGGUUUCCAUCGUUCCUGGGAAUUCAAACAUCACAUUUAAACAUAUAGUUAUAGCCUUUUCUUCCUGAAUCCUCUUGGAGGUAGCUGCAUAGUGAUACGAUAGACACAUAUGGCGCACUGCCUAGCUGGAAGCAUGCGUAUAUACUAGCCACAUUAUUUUCCACGCUUGGCCAGCAGUUAGCCCUCUAUCAGGUAUGCCUAUCACUCCCCCCGGCUGGAGAUCAUUAUUCGCCAUGUCAUGUGCUGUACAGAGUACUCCGUACAGGAGAGG